GUCCGGGUAACAACGGUGUGGAGUUUAUGACGUAAGGGGCUCUCAUCGAGCGGUUGCUCUUCAUUUAGUGGAGCGUUCAGCUUCCGUUCUCCAAUCAACUCGCAUGACGAAUGUGCCAUGAAUUUGGGGGAUGGUUUGAAACUUGAAACACAUUUUUUUAAUGGAAAACCUAAGUUAAUUUUAGCACCUUAUGAUGCUUCAUCAAAAGAUAUUAAGAGGAUAAAGUGCAAGAAUAGGACGACAACUCACCAGUUGAGAUCUAAAGUUUUACAAGAAGUUCCUUCAACUCCUGAAUGUAAUUCAAAGACUGAGAGGCUAUUAUUGAAACAUGCUGUACCUAACACUACUGUUGGAUCUGGGAAAGGAGCAAACACAAAACAGUUGACUGUAGACAAAAAAACUGAUAAAAGUAAAAGCAACAAUGAAACAGUUCCUAAAAAUGGGCAAUCUGGAAAUAAAACUACUGUGAAGAAACUUGUUACAACCAAGCAACAGCCAACAAAGAAGCAAAAGAUCUCCUCUGCGGUGUUAAAAGAGAGCUUGGUAUGUCUGACCCAAGAGCAACUCCAACAAAUUCUUGCAUCUAUAAGUCAAGUGAAUGGAAAUUUCAACCAAAACCUGCAGAGAGUCAAGCAUACUGAGCCAGAUAAAAAGGUUAAGGAAGCUGAGGCCAUAUGUAAAGAGCUUAAAGGGAAAGAUAAUGCAACUCUACCAAAGGGAUUUUGCUGUACUGAUAAUGAGGCUUCAAAGGACAAUAAUUCAUCUCAAAAUGUACAAGCCACUAGUAAACCUCUAGCAAAUGUUGAGCAAACAAACUCUAUGCAAACUGAUAAGACAGUGGUUGUUAGCACAUUCAACCAAGUCAGAGAUGGUCUGUUCAGGCACCUCGGAGAACGAGAGAAUGAAAGGGAUCAGUUGGAAGCCAAGAGACUCCAGUGGAAAAAAGAACUAGAUGAACAGGUGGCUUUAAAGAAACUGCUAGCAAAAGAUAAUGCAACAUCUGAAGUUCUAGAGUGGAAUCCAUGGGGACGACCCGGUGCAGGAGCACCCAUGCGAUCAAAAACCGAGAAGAUAAUUACAAUAAAGUCACAAGCAACGUUACCAGCUGCAUCUGGCCCAUGUGCUGACAGUCGAGUGAUUAGCACUGCCCCCACUGCAGUGAACACUGUGGAUAUAAACAUUCCUUCAGAUCACAAUGUCGGUAAAGCUUCAAGCUUUAGUUUUCCAGAUUUACCUGCUGCCAUCCGUUCAGCUUUUGUUCUUGGGGAAUCUGCACCACUAGAUCACCCUUUCAGUGCAGAAAAACGUGAACAACAAAAGAGGUGGCUGCAAGAACUGAAUCAACAAAGAGAGGAAAUAAAAAUUAGAAAGCUGCAAGAAAAGUUAAAAUAUUCAGAGGGUGAUGACCAUAACAGAUGGGCUAUGCACUUUGAUUCUUACCAGAAGAAACCUGAGCAGCAGACUCCAAUUUAUGUGAACACUUCUGGAUCAGCACUGGAAAAAUCUUCUGAAUCAACACUGGAAAAGUCUUCUGAAUCAUCUGAGUUACAGCAGUUUCCCACUCAUGCAGUUCCUGUAAUCAGUCACCAUAACUCUUCAGCUAGAGAAAACAUCAGCGGAUUUAUGGGACCUGAUGUGCUGUCUAACCCACAGAAGACCAGCUUUUUGCGAUCAAUGACUGCCUUAUUAGACCCAGCACAGAUUGAAGAACGAGAUUUGCGUCGAAAAAAGCAACUGGAACACCAGAAAGCUAUAGCCAUCCAGGUAGAGGAGCGCCGCAGACAGAAGCAGCUGGAAGAAGAUCAGAAAAGAGAAGAAGAACAAAAAGAAGAACUUCGUUUGGCAAAGGAGAGAGAGAGGUUGAGACAACAGUAUGAGGAAGAAACUAGAGCACAAAGGGAAAAGGAAGAAUUCCAUAAUCGCAAAACCAACAUGCUUUAUGAAACUGUACAGAGGGCACAAGAGGAGGCACAAAGGCAGAAACAAGAACAGCGCAUGAGAGAGUUGGUUCGUAAAGGACAUGAUAUUUCAAAUCUUCAGAAGAAUGAAGAAGGUGCCACAAGCUGCACAAGCUCCUGCACAGCAUCUGGUAGCCAUGGCUGUGAAGACAUUAGUGAGGUGCUGGGACAAGCUGUAAUGGAAAAAGAUUCUCCAAGAAAAGACAGAGGUAUCCAAACUGAGGAUUUUGAGUUGAUUGUGAAAGUUGAACACAGUGCAGAAAUUACAGACCACAGUUCAGUGACCUACACACCAGAUACAAUUGCAGAAUGCAACACUGUGCCAAUUUCAAGGAAAUCCAAGAUGAAGCCAAAUGAAAAGAUCGCAGUGACUGAAAAAGAAAAUGUUUUAUUAUAUGAUGAUUCCUGCGAUCAAUUUGCAAAAACUAAAGGGAAAAAUGAGAAGCGUCCUGAAUGGAACACAAACAAAACAAGUAAGAGAUACAUCCCUGCUUCAGAACGCUAUCCUAAAGGCUUACAAAGAGAGAGAGAAGAGAAAAAAAUGAGAAGACAGAUGGAACUAUUGCAGUUGUUGGAAAAAAGUGUUCCAGAGCAUCGAGUGAAAAAAAAACAGCCCUCGAAAGAUCCCAUAUUAGGGAGACCACCUUCACCAGUGGUGCCAGCACUUCAAGAAAAAAUAGCUGCCUGUCUAUCAUCUCAGCCUGUAGAAAAACAAGAACUAUCUCUUCUGCAGCAGGAUGAUCCUGCCCUACAAAGUAAUUCAAACAGCAAAUUACCUGCUGACAAAGUUUACAGUAGGUGUAUAUCUCCACCUGUUCCUGCACUGAGGAACAAACCUCUCCAAAUGGAGCGGAAGGAGCUCCAUUCAAUUCCAAGUGUGAAUGAAGGUGAAUGGUGCCAAAGGGAUCUACUUUCUAAUGAAUCAGACAAUGACAGACCACCAUCAUCAAACUUUGUUCCUUAUGUGCGCACAGAUGAGGUAUACCAUUUGGAUCCUGAUGCACCAUUGUCAAGACCUUCAACGAAUGACCCACAAUACAAACAUUUCAACGUUACAGAUUACUUCCAUCAUCAAAACUAUAGCUCAGACCGUUCAAGAGAUCCUCUGCUGAACCCUGAUUUGGUGAGGAACAGGGAACGUCAGCAAGCUAUUCUCAAAGGCCUUUCUGAGCUUCGCCAGGGCCUAAUGCAGAAACAAAGGGAAUUGGAAACUGGCCUAACGUCCAGUCCUGCACAUGAAGAUGAACAAUAUUUGGCGACAUCUCAAAACGUGUGAUCACUUUGGCAAGAGAAAGAACUGCUUCAUCUACCCACCUAACCCAAAUCUGGAAAAUGUUAAGCUCAAGUUAAUCAAGUUUUUGUUUAUGCGUGAUAGCACUAGGCAGUAGUGGCAUUUUGGAAAUUAUUGUUGGCUACUUUUUUUCUUCUGUUUUGUUUUAGUGUUAUCAGCAAAGUUUCAAUAUCAACAUGGAAAAGAUGCAUCCAUGGCCAGGUGAUGCUUAGUUAUACACAAAGAAAAACAUCUUAUUAAACACCUCAGAUGUUCCAAAGUAUUCCACAUACAAUCAUUUGCUUGUGUUGACCUUUAGUCAGUACCUACAGGCCAAACAGAUUAGCUACUGUCUCACAACAAAUCAUUUAUUGAUUCAAAUGACAGGUUGCUUUGCAGUUUGGCAUUUGAAAAUGAUGUAGCUUCCAGGUUUCCUUGGGCUAUGUUUUUCUGAUUUGAGAGAAGUGGUGAGAUGUGCUGAAGGGAGUUACUAGUUACUUCCAAAUAUGUUACUUUUGUUGCCAGCACUGCUUGCAUCCUGACAGGGUUGCAUUUAUUGCCCCAAAAUUAUGCAGGUUGUUUUCGUGAACUGAUGGUGAUUUUGUCACCAUGAUCCAUUAUUAGCUCAGAAGGGGUAAAGAGCAUACAAAAGUACAUUAGCAAAGAAAAUUUCAUACUGUCAAAAUUCUGUUUUUCUUCAAGUUGACUCCUAAAUUUAAGGCAUGACAAAUGUUUGCAUUUGUGUGAGAAGAUAGCCAAAUCAAACAGGAUCAGAUUCCCCUGCUUUCUAGUAGCUAAUUAUACUUAGUAAAGUUCAGGAGCAAAAUGCUGAGAAAUCCUUUCUAUUAGAGUUAGGCAGUGUUGUUUGGCAUGAAAAGACUGCAAGAGCUCGGAGAACAUAAAAAUGGCAGAGAUAAUAGUGUGGAGCUGGAGGCUCCACAAUGUUAGCUCUGACUCCAGCAUCGGCAGUUCUUAAUAUCUAUGAUAAAAAUGGCAGAUAUAUGUUUCACAAACAAAGCAUCAAGUUUUUAAGGCACACCAUCAAAUUUGUGUUAGCAAUCAAUUUUAUAAGUUUAUAUUUAAAGGAGACUUCAAUAUUGUGCGAUUCAGUUACAAAUUUUAUUUAUGUAGAAGUACUGUUUUCAUGUUCAACAAA